UUUUCUAUUUCCCAGAGUGGAGGCAAUAUCUAGUACUGUUCAUUCUUAUAAUAUAAAAAUCGAAGUACAAAUCUCGCAUAUGACUCAGGAAAGACCCCUAUCCUGUAUAUUUUAAUAUUAUAUAACUAGAAAAAACACAAUUGAAUAAGAAUACCUUGAACUCUCUCUCUCGAUCAAGCAAAAUCUCGAUGCAACGAGAAGCUGCUUUCAACUGAAAACCUUUUGAUUCCUCCAGACAAAAAAUCUGGGUCUUUUGUUGUUUUGGUUUUCUUGAUCUGGGUAUAAUCGAAAAUUUGUUGUUUCUUUUGUUGGUGUUCGGGGUGGUGAGUUGGUAUGAGGAAGAGGGAGAGGGAGAAUCCGUGUGGGGUAUGUGGGCACUAUCACAAGUACGAGGAAGGAGAAGUUUGUGGAAUAUGUGGGCACAGAGCUCCCGUCUCUUCUGAUAAAACAUCGCUUCAAGUCAGUGCUUUUCCAUCGGUGAUCUUGCCUGACUUUCUCUAUUUGGGUAGCUAUGAUAACGCCUCUCGCUCUGAGCUUCUCAAGACUCAGGGAAUUGCUCGUGUACUUAAUACUGUACCUGCUUGUCAAAAUCUCUACAAGAAUUCAUUUACCUAUCACUGCCUGCAAGAUGACAAAAUUUUACAAUUUGAUGAUGCAAUACAAUUUUUAGAGCAAUGUGAGAGGGAUAAGGCUCGAGUACUUGUGCACUGCAUGUCCGGAAAAAAUAGGUCACCAGCAAUUGUAAUAGCUUAUUUGAUGAAGUCUAAAGGAUGGAGGCUUCCACAGAGCUAUCAGUGGGUCAAAGAACGGAGAUCAUCUGUUGAGUUAAGUCAAGCUGUAUACCAGCAAUUGCAGGAAUAUGAGCAAAAGCUCUUUGGAUCAUCUGAUAGUAGCAUUCCUGCUCUGCCUACCUUCUCCUUUACGGGAGCCCCAUCCUUCAACUUUGGCUUCCCAAAGGCAAUUGGUCCAGUUCCUGUUUCUGUUCCUGUUUUCAAUAAUCUUGGUGCUACUUCUAUUUUUGCUGGUCCGCCUUUACAAGUUCCUCCGCAGGAGUUCACGUUUGGUGCUGAUCAGACCCAGAAAAGUAUCUGUGAAAGCCUAGCAAACCCUAGUGGCAGUGAUAUUCCAAUGGAUAGUGCUUAAAUUCCUGAAGUUUCAUUUGCAAGACCACCCAUAUCACCAGAAAUUGAAUGAGACCGAUUUUUAUGAGGUUUUAUAAGAAAUUUGGCUGUAAAUUUCGAGUAAAUGUUAAAGUUUUCUGGUUUGUUAGAUUUGAUGAGUUGGUACAUUCGCUCUGGGUGCCUUAAUGUUAAUGAAGCACAUGCUAUCUACUCGUUCCAAAUUUCAUAUACAAAGAUAAUUUUCGGCAGAAUCAAUUAAAUUUCGAGUUAUGUAGAGUUCACAUUUAUAGAUGAAGAAUCCUUAUUUAUA